GGUUCAGUCCAGCGCCGCUUUGGUCUAUUAUAGUUCUUUAUGUUCAUUACACACAGAAAGGAUCACAACUGAAGCAAGUGAUAAACAACUCACCGGCGGCGGCAACUAUCGCCUCUGUGCGUGAGAGCUUAGGCCGGCUGUUUCUGUGAGGGACAAUGGCUUUCGUUUGCCCAAUUGAUGCGAAGUACCCCAAUGAAAUCUCUGCCCUCCUUUCACCUCCUUCACCUCUCCAAGUUCAGGAAUAUUUUGAUCAGCUUGUAUGGAUGAGGCAGUGUCGUGGUCUUAGAGUGAUACAGGAUGGAGCUCUUGGAAAGGGUGUCUUUGCUGAUGCUGCUUUCAAAGAAGGGGACCUUGUCUUGAAGGACCAAAUGCUUGUGGGAUCACAGCAUACGUCAAAUAAGAUGGACUGUCUAGUGUGCAGCUUUUGUUUUCGCUUUGUUGGGUCUAUAGAACUUCAAAUUGGAAGGAAAUUGUACUUUCAAGAUCUUGGCAUUUCGACUAAUCAUCAAUGUGAUAUGGAGCCGUCAUCUCCCAUGUCAGAAGAUUGCUUCGAAGCGGAAUCAGAUGAUGGCGAGGAGAUUGCGUUAGAAAAUAAUGAAAGCAUGGGAGGAUGUUCUUCCAGCAAUUCUAAAGGUGUAGCUUUACCCAACGGGCUUGUGGAAUCAUUGAUGAAUGGUGGCCUAUCAUUGCCUCAUUCCAAAGAGUUUUCCAUGCCUCCAGCAAUUCCUUGUUCUGGGGGAUGUGGUGAGGCCUUCUAUUGCAGUAAAUCGUGUGCAGAAGCUGAUUGGGAAGCAUUCCAUUCCUUACUUUGUACUGGGGGAAAAACAGAACCAUCACGCAGGGAAGCACUGCUAAAAUUUAUACAAAAUGCUAAUGACACGAACGACAUAUUCCUCCUCGCUGCAAAGGCAAUUUCUUCUACUAUUUUAAGGUAUAAGAAGUUAAAGCUGGCUUGUUCUGAAGAACAAAUGAAAUAUGGGAACAUUGUUGAUCUUUCCAUUCUUUUGGAGGCAUGGAAGCCAAUCUCAAUGGGACAUAAGAGAAGGUGGUGGGAUUGCAUUGCAUUGCCAGAAGAUGUCGAACCUUCGAACGAAGUUGCAUUCCGAAUGCAAAUAAGAGAGAUGGCUUUCACGUCACUGCAGCUCCUCAAGGAAGCAAUUUUGGACGAAGGAUGUGAACCAUUAUUCUCCCUUGAAAUAUAUGGCCAGAUAAUUGGCAUGUUUGAGCUAAAUAAUCUUGAUUUGGUUGUAGCAUCACCGGUAGAGGAUUACUUCUUGUAUGUUGACGAACUUCCAUCUCCUUAUAAGGAGAAGGCAGAGGAAAUUACCCGACCCCUUUUGGAUGUUCUCGGCGAUAGCUAUUCAAUCUGUUGUCAAGGUACUGCGUUUUUCCCUUUACAGAGUUGUAUGAAUCAUUCCUGCUAUCCUAAUGCAAAAGCGUUCAAAAGAGAGGAGGAUAGAGAUGGACAAGCAACCAUAAUUGCAGUGAGGCCCAUCCAUCCAGGAGAGGAGGUCACAAUUUCAUAUAUAGACGAAGAUCUUCCAUUUGAACAGAGACGAGCAUUACUUGCAGAUUAUGGGUUCGAAUGCAGGUGCCCCAAGUGCUUACAACAGCAGCGUCCAUAGCGCCGUUCCCUGUGGAAUUUCCUCUCAACGAGAUAAGCAAACAAAAACUUUUACUGUUAUGAACAUCCACAUACCAAUUCUUAAUGUUUCAACAACUUCAUUCCAGUAUGAUUCCUAGUUUCGUAGGAUUAGACAAAUAGUAGAAUGAGCAAAUUUGAUUUUGUUAUGGUAAAUUUAUGUUUAACUCAAACCAAAUUGUAGGUUUGGUAUUUAAUAUUAAGAGUAAUUAUUUUCUAAA